CCCUAAGCAAUGAAGUGCUACUAUAUUUUCCAGCUAUUAUGAUUAUUAGCAGCCAUGUGUGCUCAGAUUUUUGACUGCCACUAAGACGGGAUUGAAUUAGGGCUUGCAAUCUAGGUUCGAAUCUUCACGUAGCCCUCAUAUUCUUGACCCUCCACUGAAAUGGGUUGGAUUAGAACCUGCAAUCUAGGUCUAAAUAUUCACGUAGUCUUGCUCGGGAUGAUCGUUCAUUGGAACCGGUCCUUAUGCAGCUAUACUCAAAAAAUAUUUUCCAUCAGCAUUUGAUCGAUCCAAUUAGAGUGUAUGAUCACUCAGACUAACUAAAAUCGUUUGAGCCAUUCGCACAUUGGUCGCACAUGAUCUUCGAUUCUUAAAAUUGACAGUGUUUCGGUGUUUGGGAUACUACUAAUGAUGCAUCGUCCCCAACUGAAUUGAUUUCAGGUUUUUCCCUCCCUUUUCACGAAUUUCAUUUUCUGCAAAACAAAAACUAUUUAAACCCUAAUUUCUGCAGAAAUUUUCAACGUCUCAACACUCUGCUAUUCUCCGCAUUUUAGUGGGAAAUGAAGUCUCAUAAGCCCUAGAGACACACUUCUCAGUUCUCAGUCCUCAGUCCUCAGUCCUCACCUCUCAAUUCUCCCGAUUCUCCACAAACUGGACUCGGGUUUCCUGGUAACAUGUCGGGUUUCACCGACUCCUCACCGGAAUCGACGGGAAUGGGAAACGGAGAGGGUGAUUUCAAGGAAGUAAUGGAUGAAUUGGGCUCGGAUUCAUUACCUGCGGUUCGAAGCUCUUCUAGGUAUUCAUCUUGGUCCGGAUGGAGUUUUGGGAGCGAAUUGGGGCAUACGGAGCCCAAAUUGUAUGGAGGUCUUGAUCCUCAGCGCUCCGAACCUGAUUGGACCGAUUCGUGGAGUGCUGGUUAUGACUCCAAGCAUGAAUUGCCUUUCUCUGCUUAUGGGAUUUCGGGUUUGGAUCGGAAGAGUUUGAGUUUGGCCUCAGUAAGUAAAUGGGAAGCUCCUCCCACCAUUUCGAGUUGGUCUGAUAUAAAGGAGCAAGUGGAGAUGGGAUUCGAAACCAAAUUUUUUCCGAGCGAGGCUGAGAGGAAACAGGAGGAGGAAGAACCAGUUGCUGUAGAGGAUAACAUAUUUGCUAAUUCUAUAUGGGAAGCUCCUCCCACCUAUUCGGAUUGGUCUUAUGUAAAGGAGCAAGUGGAGAUGGGAUUGGAAACCGAAUCAUUUAUUCCGGGAGAGGCUGAGAGGAAACAAGAGGAGGAAGAACCAGUUGCUGUAGAGGAUAACAUAUUUGCUAGUUCUUUUUUCUGGGAUGAUAAUUCUUUGUUGGUGGGUGGAGGGCUUGCUAAUUUGGGUAACACUUGCUUUCUUAAUGCGGUGUUGCAAUGCUUCAUGCACAUUGUACCUCUAAUACAAAGCAUUCAAGCUUGUGAUCAUCCAUCCCCUUGUGAAGCUUGUAAUGAAGGGUUCUGUGUGCUUUGUGCUCUCAAAGAGCUUAUCAACAUCUCCUUGGCUUCUAAGGGUAGCACUAUCUGUCCCAAGAAGAUUGUCAACAAUCUAAGUUAUUUUUCCUCUACUUUUCAAAGGUUUCAACAGGAAGAUGCUCAUGAAUUUCUCCAGUGUUUUCUGGAGAGACUUGAAAGUUGUUGCAAUUAUCCAAAGCUGAAUGGCCAGGUGUCCUCAAAGCAUGAGAAUGUUGUAAAGCAGACUUUUGGUGGUCACCUAAUUAGCAAACUGCAAUGUUGCAAUUGUGGUCACCGUUCUGACACUUAUGAACCCCUGGUUGACCUGAGUUUGGAGAUAGAGGAUGUGGACAGCCUCUCUCUGGCUUUGGAUUCUUUCACAAAAGUGGAAAGGAUUGAAGAUCCUGAGACAAAGUUUACAUGCGAAAAGUGUAAGGUACAAGUGUCAAUUGAGAAGCAGCUUCUGUUGGAUGAGGCACCAUUAGUUGCUACCUUUCAUUUGAAGAGAUUCAAAAAUGAUGGCUCUCUUGUCGAGAAGAUUGACAAGCAUGUAGCAUUCCCGCUUGAACUGGAUUUGCUUCCUUAUGUGGAAAGGAAUGAGAAAGUUAUUGAGGAAUCAAAAUAUAAUCUUUUUGCAGUUGUGGUGCAUAUUGGGGUUUCAUUGUCUUCUGGGCAUUACUACUGCUUUGUCCAUGCUUCCCCCAGUGAAUGGUACAAGUUUGAUGACUCAAAGGUUACUCUGGUUCAAGAAGAGUUUGUCAUGUCUCAGGAGGCAUACAUUCUCUUCUAUGUAAAGCAGGGCACUCCCUGGUUCUCAGAGAUCAUCGAAACGCAGCAUCUAAUUCUCGAUGCAUCCAUAUCGAGCAGUUCUCCACAUCCACAAUCAGUGUUAUAUAGUGUUGAUCAAAUCUUUAAUCUGUCUGCCAAAACGGAAACUGAUCGUCCUUGUGAUGUGAAUGAGAUCGGUAAUGCUGCAGAUGAGGCAUCUUCAAAUCUUGACGGGCCAAAAGAUAAUGGGAUUGAUAGAAGUGAUGGAAAAGAAAACUCGAAUGUGGCGUCUGCCCUGAUACACGAGGGUGGUAUGAACAAUUCUUCAGAUAUCUGCUCUGCUGAAGCCGAGAAAACACCGCCUCCAUCUGUACUUAAAGAAAAAAACUGCAAACAGGAGUUCAGGAUAGGUAAAAGGUAUGCAGAUCUGAGUACUGAAACACCGUCGAUAUCUCCAAGCCUAGAGAUAUACAGUGAAGACACAGCUGAUAACGCUUAUUCUCCUCCUCGUGCCCUACUGAGACCAGCGGACGAGGCUUCAUGCAAAAACCAAUUACAGAAUCACCCGGAGGGAGAAAAGCUAGUCAAGAAAAAGAUCCCUAGCGCACGAGGGAGUGCGUCGAAGGGAUCCCACAAUGAAAGUUGUAUGAAGAAGAGAAGGCGAAGAACGGAGGCUUCUCCAACCCGAGAAAGAAGUUCAUCCACUCGCCGUUCCCCGCGGUUAGUUGGAGAAAGAAGUUCAUCCACUAGCCGUUCCUCGCGGUUACGGCCUUUAACCGCCACCAGCUUCAGAUGAGUACAGGUGAACUUGGGGGACAAGUUGAUUAUCUUAGGAUAUAUGCUUGUUUCUGAGCCAAAUAGUGAGAGAGUAUUUUAGGUCAAAUGUAAAUUGCAGGGCUUAUGUUUUAUGUCCUUUCUCUCUUGCAAUGCAUGACAAAUAGUGUUGCACUAGGUAUAAGCUUUUUGUUUACCCUUGCACAUAAUACUAAUACUAAGGUUUUUGUUAUGGUACUGAUCGAUAUCGGUGUUGAUAGUACCGAGUAUAACUAUCUAUACUAUAUUUGGUUAUACUUGGUACUAUUGGUCACUUGUGCCAAUAAUAAUAGUUUGUAUCAAUAUAUGGUGUACUUGAUAUUAUCAGUAUCAACACCAUAGAAAAUCUCAUAGUUAUAUUGGUUGUUUCA